GCCACUUCCGCCCGGUCCAAAAUCAAAUGCCCUACAUUAUCUUAUCUUUGAAUAUCUAGAGUCUAGUCUCCUUCUCGCAUUCGCAAGAAAAUUACUGCCGUAGAAGUUAAAGGCUCUCAUUGUUUCCGACGGCGACAUGGCAAUGACGAUGACCACUGCAAUGGCAUCGCCGUCGCGGCGGCUGCUUAUCAACUCUCGACAUAGCACCAUCUGCACUAUCCCCAAGAAUGUGGCAAUUUACCCAGCAGCAGCAGUUACAAAUCAGGGGUUAUUGAAGCACUGUAUAUCCUCGCAAAGAUGCCUAAGAUCUCUGGUAAAACCAGUAUCGGCUGCUAGUUCAGGUUUUGAGGCAGAUUUGGGUGACGAUGAAUCUCUGAUACGCGUUAAAAAUGCAAAGAUAGCUGUUGAGUCCGAAGACGAUGAGAAGAUACAAGUGAGAGUAGAUGUGAGCGAAGAGGACACAAAAACGGUUUUCGAAAAAGUAUUGACAAAUUUAGCAAAAUCAGCGCCCCCUGUUCCAGGUUUCCGCAGGGAAAAAGGAGGGAAAACAUCCAAGGUUCCCAAGGACUUUCUACUGCAGAUACUUGGUGAAGACCGAGUUACCAAUUUUGUAAUACGAGAAAUUGUUACCUCAACUCUUGCUGAUUAUGUGAAGAAGGAGAAUUUGGCAGUAAAGGAUAACAAGAUUAGCACCACACAAACUGCCGAUGAACUCAAGUCAUCAUUUGUUCCGGGAACAGAAUUCAGAUUCAAUGCCACCUUAGAGCUUGAAAAAUCAAAAACUGAAGCCUCCACAUAAACAAGAAGAUGUGAAAUUUUUUUCUCUCUCACUGUUGAAUCUCUUACAAUGACUUGUUAGAAUAGAAUCAGUAGUUCCUGAGGCCAAUAGGUUGAAGGAUCCUAAAAUCUGUUACUCUUUGGCUUACUACUGGUUAAAAUUGAAACUGAAUUAUGAUUUCAGUUCUCAACUGAAAUUGAAUUAUUAUUCAGUUGGUGUUUCUUGGAGCAAUAUCAGGUAAAGAAACUUUUGUGGCCAUA